UGCGGCUGACGCUCGGAAAUGACCCAUGUGUCUGAGUUGCACCAAUACACGAUCACCGAAUCGGCUCGUCCAACUCCAGUAGUGCAUUUCUUCCAGUCUUUAUAGGUUAUUCACGACAUACCGGCGCGUGUCAUCCGAUCAUGUCUAAAGACACGGAGGCCAACAGCGAGGAGAUUAUGGAGUCGAAGGUGCUCUGGUACCCGGACUCUAAACGAAACACACAGAUGGACCGAUUCCGGACUCAAGUGAACCGGGACUUCGGGUUGAAUCUGGCUAACUAUAAUGACCUGUAUCAGUGGUCUGUGGACAGUUAUCCGGAGUUCUGGGCGAAGGUUUGGACAUUCUGUGGCAUCACCUGCUCAAAGAUGUAUGAGGAGGUGGUUGAUGUGUCUAAAAGGAUAUCAGAUGCACCUGAGUGGUUUAAAGGCAGCAGACUGAAUUAUGCAGAGAACCUGCUCAAACACAAAGACCAGGACAAAGUGGCUCUCUAUGCUGCAACUGAGGCGAAUGAGGAGAUUGUCAAAGUGACUUACGGAGAGCUGAGGCGUGAUGUCGCUCUCUUCGCUGCCGCCAUGAGGAAGAUGGGCAUCAAAACUGGAGACAGGGUCGUAGGAUAUCUGCCCAAUGGGAUUCAUGCUAUUGAGGCCAUGCUCGCUGCUGCAAGUAUAGGUGCCAUCUGGAGUUCAACCUCUCCAGAUUUUGGUGUCAAUGGAGUGCUAGACAGGAUUUCCCAGAUCCAGCCCAAGUUGAUAUUCUCAGUAGCAGCUGUUGUGUAUAACGGCAAGCAGCACGACCAUAUGGAGAAACUCCAGAAUGUUGUGAAAGGUCUCCCUGACCUGAAGAAGGUUGUGAUAAUUCCAUACGUUCGCUCUCGACAAGAGACGGACCUCUCCAAGAUUCCCAACAGUGUGUUCCUGGAGGACUUUUUGGCCACAGGUAAAGAAGGGGAUCAGGACCCUCAGCUGGAGUUUGAGCAGCUGCCCUUCUCUCAUCCUCUCUUCAUCAUGUACUCCUCUGGCACCACAGGAGCUCCCAAGUGCAUGGUGCACUCUGCUGGGGGCACUCUCAUCCAACAUCUUAAAGAACACAUUCUCCAUGGCAAUAUGACCUACAAUGAUGUCAUCAUUUAUUACACUACGACGGGCUGGAUGAUGUGGAACUGGCUGGUGUCCUCUUUAGCCGUUGGGGCUUCUGUGGUCCUGUACGAUGGCUCUCCUCUUAUUCCCAGUGCCAAUGUGCUCUGGGACCUCGUAGACCGUCUGGGAAUCACGAUUUUUGGGACUGGAGCAAAAUGGCUGUCUGUGUUGGAGGAGAGAAAUCUGAAACCAGCAAACACACACAACCUGCAGACGCUUCACACACUCCUGUCUACAGGAUCUCCACUGAAGCCUCAGAGUUAUGAGUAUGUGUACAGCUGUAUUAAGAACAAUGUGCUGCUGGGAUCCAUAUCAGGUGGCACAGACAUCAUUUCAUGCUUCAUGGGUCAGAACAUGACGGUGCCCGUUUACAGAGGAGAAAUUCAGGCCCGAAAUCUGGGCAUGGCUGUGGAGGCCUGGAACUGUGAAGGUAAGCCUGUUUGGGGAGAGAGCGGCGAGCUGGUGUGUUUGAAGCCCAUCCCGUGCCAGCCCACUCAUUUCUGGAACGACGAGAAUGGCAGCAAAUACCACAAAGCCUACUUUUCCACCUUCCCAGGAGUCUGGGCCCAUGGCGAUUACUGUAAGAUAAAUCCAAAAACGGGAGGAGUCGUCAUGCUGGGAAGAAGUGAUGGAACUUUAAAUCCUAAUGGUGUUCGGUUUGGGAGCUCAGAGAUUUAUAACAUUGUGGAAGCCUUCGAGGAAGUGUCCGACAGUCUUUGUGUCCCUCAGUACAACAGUGACGGAGAGGAAAGGGUGAUUCUGUUCCUGAAGAUGGGACCCAAAAAGACCUUCAGUCAAGAGCUAGUAGGAAAGAUCCGCAGCGCUAUCAGAAUAGCUCUCUCUGCCCGGCACGUACCAGCAAUGAUACUGGAAACCAAAGACAUCCCGUACACUAUCAGCGGAAAGAAGGUCGAAGUUGCAGUAAAGCAGGUGAUCGCAGGUAAGGACGUCACUCAGCGAGGGGCCUUCUCAAACCCAGACUCCUUGGACCUCUACAAGAACCUGCCUGAACUCCAAAACUUCUGAACAACUGCAUGAGGUUCAUCUGAACUCCUGAAGGUCCAGCGCUUCUGGGCCCCCUUUGAAGGGUUCAGAUUCUCUGGACACUGUUGGAAAAUCUGGAGGAAUUUAUAGAGCUUUCAAACAUCGAAGCUUUUCUGCACGUUGUGGCACCUGCUCAAACUCAGCUACCCAUAGGAACUGAUGAAGUCUGAACACACCACACUUCUUCAAAAGUAUAACCGGGUUCCUCUCGGGUAGAAAGUUGAGAAUGCCAUUUUAUGAAUUUCCAACUUGGAUCUUAAAGGGACAUUUUAUCUGCUUCUGUAAUUGCGUCCACCAAGCGUUAUUCCCAAGAGAUGUACCGAACUCAAACUAUUUCCUGAAUCUGGUAUCUUAAUUGUUCGAGAUAUGUCAGUCCCAUAUUUUACCUCUUGUAUUUUGAUACAGUGUCACUUUAACCUUAACGAAGCUGUAGGAAAAUCUGGCCAUGUAUGUUUUGAGGCUUUAAAAUUACACUAUUUAUGCUCAUAUAUCUGUAUGAGUCAAAUAUACUGAUAUGUUACUGAAUGUUGUGGAUUUAAGGAUAAGCCAUUUCUCCUGUAUGAAUACCGACUUCUUGGGUAAAACCAACUGUUUUCUGGAACCUCUAACUUUAUCAGGCAAAGUUUGUGCCCAGCUUGGUACCUUAAUUACAAAAUGUUGCCGUAAUAAAGUCAGUUCACCUUUUUUAUUUUCCCCCCCAAAGCCUGACUUCCUGUCUCGAAACUAGACUAUAUUUGUAUUUUUGAACGAUAUCCUAUCAGUAAGUAGUGAUUCAUCACAUCUGCUGUAUUUGUAUAGUAUAUUAUACUGUCCAGAACUACACUCUGUUGUCUACUGAGUGUAGAUUUGAAUUGAAGCUGAUGUAGCUCUCUGGCCAAAAAGAGUUCCGUAUAUUUUUACAGAUAUACUGUAUAUAUUUGAUUCUGUAUAUGCAGCUGCAUGUUGUGCGCUAAAAUAUAUACCCCCUUCACAAUGACACUAUUUGGUCUCUCUUCUGGUAUGCCUUAUAUCAAGUUGUGAAAAGUUUUUAUCAACAACUGAAGCUCAUCUUCAUUCUUUGAGCCAUUCUUUGGUAUAUAGCUUUAUCUUUGUCAUCCCCAACAACAAUCUGUUUCUUCAUCUACACAUCCAGGGACUGUCGCUGUAGGCAUUGCCCACGAGAGAUUCCUCCAUCAGGUUUCAACCCAAUACAUUUAUCAUCAGAACACUGCGUACAUAUGAAAAAGCUGCGUUUGUUUGGUGUUUGAGGUUUUGAAAGUGAGUUUCAAUGAUAUCCAGAUAUAACCUUAUAAUAUUACAUUAUUAGAUCAUAAGGUUAUGUAAUGUUUGCAUUAGGAGUAAAGGGAAGAAUUCUGGGCAGUCCAGAUGUGUGGGAUAUAAACAAAAAAAACACAACAAAAAAUAGAAAAUAUUGAUUUAUGUUGGAUCUGAAUCAAGCUGUUUGAUGUGUACUGAUGAUGCAUUUAUACUUGCUUUGCAGCAUAUCGCAGAGACAUUUAUCAACACAUUUCACAGAAGCAGGCUUUAACAAGCCACCAUCCAGAAAAUACUUUUUUGGUGACAUUGAGAGAGGAUAUGCUGCAACCUGCUCGCAACAAAAGCCAGAAAAUAUGCUGCAUUUAAAUAAUUUUAAAAUAAUUUUUGUGCUAGUAAUGUUAUUUCAGCAGAGAAGCCUUACAGGCUAGUAUUGAUGUACAUUUUUUUUUUUUUUUUUUUUGGUCUUUUUUCUUUUUUUGUGCAUUUUGUGCAUUUUUUAAACAUGGGUCUAUUUAGUUCAGGUAAUGAAAUCUGGUUUCGCUACGUUUAACCUGUGAGUAAUUCCAUUUGACCUCAGUGAGGACCCCUUACUUGGUUUCCUAAAAGAAACUAUGCACUACAGACUGAAACAAAGCUUUUUUUAUAAGAUAACUGUAGUGUGAGGCUAAACCUAAUGAAACUCAAAAGGGUGGACUGGCCCUUUAAAAGGCUCAUUUCCUUUCAAAUUGAAAUCAUUUGGUAUAGUGGUGCAGAUGGCAAGCAGUUGUGCAGAUCGCUUGAAUUAAAUCAGUCCUUAUUUCCGCUUCAGACAAGCAGGGACGGGUCUGUUUCACCUCAUGCCCACCCUUGUGCCACCAUAUGCCCCAUAUCUGCUCAGUUUUGCUGACAGAACUGGCCUGGUUUGGGACUGCGGACAUAAGGAAAGCUACCAAAUCUUUAUUUAUUGAUAGUCACUGUGGAUUUUGCUGUACGUCACAAACAUUUUUGUCCCACAACAUUUAAUUAAUUUUUCCAUACUCUCAGCAAUUUCAUGAACAUUCCGUGGAAAUCUAUUCCAUUGUAUUACAGUGUUGUUGUAGUUUCCUUUUUGAUACAUAGAAGUGGAAAUACUGGAAAUAAUUUUUUGUUUAGGUUCUUAAUAUUGUAUUACAUUAAAUGUAUUUGGUGUACUACUAGUAAAUGAAAGGUGCUCUCUUCUCGGUGGCUAAUGUAAUAUUCCUGCUUUGAAAUAAUAUUACUGAAUGUGAACAAUGAUUACUAAUAUGGUUGAGAAUAUAUUUGUUAUGAAUAUAUUAUGCCUAUAUACUGUAUAUCAAUGUAUCGCUACAGUUGUGUCCACUAGCAGCAUACAUGCAUUUCAUGUAUAGAUGCUUACUGUAGUCUUAAUUAAACAACUAAGAAUUUA